AUGAUCCUACGUUUAGGGGUGUGGCCCGAGUCCAAGAGCUUCAACGACUACGGGCUAGGUCCAGUGCCCAUGAAAUUCAAGGGUGUGUGCUCAACCGGUGAAAACUUCACCCUGUCAAACUGCAACAGAAAAAUAAUAGGAGCAAGAUUUUACUACCAAGGAUUUGUAGCAGAAUCCGGGCCUCUUGAAUCGUUCAACGAGACAUUUUUCCUGUCGGCCAGAGACUCUGAUGGUCACGGAACACACACUGCAUCCACCAUUGCUGGCUCAGAGGUUCCCAACAUCAGCGUGUUUGGAAUAGGGAAAGGCACAGUGAGAGGAGGCGCAACAAGAGCUCGUCUGGCAAUCUACAAGGCUUGCUGGUUUGGCUUCUGCAGUGAUGCAGACAUCCUUUCCGCGAUGGAUGAUGCAGUCAGUGAUGGCGUGGAUGUUAUAUCAAUGUCGCUCGGACCAGGUCCGCCCCAGUCUGUCUACUUCAGAGAUGCAAAUUCCAUUGGAAGCUUUCACGCGUUCCAGAAAGGAGUAGUCGUUUCUGCAUCAGCUGGUAACAGCUUUCUCCCCGGAACUGUGACCAAUGCUGCUCCGUGGAUCCUCACUGUCGCAGCGAGCACCAUGGAUCGUGAGAUUCAGAGUAAUAUAUAUCUAGGAAAUUCACAACUUAUAAGGGGUUUUAGCAUAAACCCUUUUCAGAUGAACAACUACUACGGUUUGGUGGUUGGGAGUGCAGCAGCAGCGGCUGGGGUUCCCUCUGCAAACGCGAGGUACUUUCCUUGUUCUCGUUCUUGA